UAGAUGACGUGAAUACAGGCAAUGUGCAUCUCUGUAGGCAUAAAUAGAAGCCUCAAAGCUGUUAAUAACAGAUUAAAUAAUGAAGCAAUCUGCAGACUUCACGCAUUAAUUGAUUUGCCUCAAUAUUACAAUCAUACGCAUUGCACUGAAACUAAAGUUUGUAUUUUAAAGGGGAUUUGAGUCACAAUUCCAGGAGCUGAGUCAGCAGAAGGUGCAGCCUUUCUCUGUCAAAUGUAUGUGAAAUGUUGCGACCUACUAAUUAAACCAUUCUGUGAGCUCUGUGACACUUAUAGUUCUAUUUAAUUCUGUUCUUUAUGGGUGGGAAACAGCCGGAUGGCUGCUCCAGGAGGCGCAAUCUCUGCAGCGCUUAGGCGGUCACAAGACUUGGACAUCGGUGAACAAAAACAUCGGCAGGCUGACGGGUCAGCUAGAAGCUUACAGGCCCACAGAUUCUUCUCUUCUCUGCACCCAACAUCCAACAAGUUGCUCCUUUUGGAAAACUACACUCACGCGCGCCGCCGCGCCACGGUCGUUGUCGUGUAUUUCUUUCUCUGUCUUUUUUUUCUUUUCUUUUAAUGGAAAUUUCAGGGCAGGGGUCUUUUUCAGAUCUUCAAACAUUAUUGUAUCUAUAAGAGGGUCGUUUUUAUUUGAAAUCGAAUCGUCCCGUUUAACAAAAACUAGUGAUGUUUUGUGCGUAAAGGAGUGGCUCAUGCCUAAGUGAGCGAGUGCCACUGGAAGAAAUUACACCAAAGAUGUCAACAUUGCUUUACCACCCACUCAAAAUCGAUUGUAUUACCUUCAAGAAGGUGGCUCCUCGUAUAAAUAGGAACGCAUUAUUUCAAGAAAGACGGUGGUGAGCACAAUCUGUUGGCUUUCUCUCCUAUCGGGACCACAGAUAACGCCCGGAAGAAUUUGCUGAAGACAACUGUGUCCACUCUCCCGGACAUAAGCAUCUUUAACUCCUAAACUAGCAGUAAAGUCAUGCAGGUGGAAAGGAAAUGGCACAUACUGCUCACUAUCUUCUUUCUGCUCAUCACUUCGGGUCAGUGUAUGGACAGCAAGGAGGACAAGCAGAAAGAACAAAGGACCCUGUUGGAUCUAAUCUUACAGGUUAUCAGAGACAGCCAGCAAAAGGAGAACCCCAUCUCCAGGCGCUGUAGCAGUGGACUCUUCACUUCAGCACAAGACAUGAAGUUCUCCUCCCGGGAAAAGCCUUUCAAUGUCCCUAGGCUGGAUAACAGUAGACUCUCAGAGGUUUCUCCCAGAGAUGCAAACUUAUGGAAAGACAAAAUCAUCGAGCAUUUUGGAGGACCAGUCAAGUUCUCAUCGGAAUGCAAAACACACUUUCAUAGAGUUUAUCACAACACAAGGGAUUGCUCAACACCAGCAUAUUACAAAAGAUGUGCAAGAUUGCUAACACGAUUAGCAAUGAGUCCACUCUGCAUGCAAUCCUAGAUAUUGCAUGUUCCAGAAUAAUGGAAGAGAGAUCAAUGUGUUGCCAAGGAAGUGCCUUCAAAUCCACAGCAGUCAUAAGAACAUGGUUGUGUUUAUAGUGUUUCUACUUUUGUUCUUCUUGCUGUCAUUGAUGGACAUUGUUGGUUGUUUUUGAAUGGAUUCGAAUUUUAUUUUAAUGUACCUGUAUAUACCAUAUAUUUGUAAAGAAAUAUUAAUUUAAUAUUAAAUGCACCUAUUUAUUGAGAAGGUAUGUAUAUAAUUCACAGUCAUACAAAUUUUUUUUAUUUUGGUUAUAACAGUUAUGGAUGGAGAAGAAGCCCCCCCCCCCCCCCCCCUUCUGAAUGUAUGAUUUCCACUAUUAUACUGAUAUUAUGCUCUGUCAUUGUCUUCAUUACAUUUUAUUUGGCACUUGAGUGGUGGCUGACAAUGAGAAUAUAUGGAAUAACAACAAUGAUAAUGCACUGCAGUACAGUACAAUAAAGAAUAUUGAAGCACA